AUGAUGCUCAACUCAGACGCGGUGGACCUCGACCUGCCUCCCACCCACUCCGAGACCGAGUCCAGCUUCAGCGACUGUGGGGGCGGGGCGGGCCCCGACGGGGCGGGGCCUGGGGGCCCCGGAGGGGGCCAGGCCCGGGGCCUGGAGCCGGGAGAGCCCGGCCGAAAAGACCUGCAGCACCUGAGCCGGGAGGAGCGGCGGCGGCGGCGCCGGGCCACGGCCAAGUACCGCACGGCUCACGCCACGCGGGAGCGAAUCCGCGUGGAAGCCUUCAACCUGGCCUUCGCCGAGCUGCGCAAGCUGCUGCCCACGCUGCCCCCGGACAAGAAGCUGUCCAAGAUCGAGAUCCUGCGUCUGGCCAUCUGCUACAUCUCCUACCUGAACCACGUGCUGGACGUCUGA